AUGGCGCGGGCGCGGGCGCGGUUCCCCCGCGCGGGGGGCGCGCGGCUGCUGCUGGCCGGGCUGGCGCUGCUGGGCGCGGCGCGGGCGGGCGGCGACCGGAGCCUGCACCCGCCCUACUUCAACCUGGCGGAGGGCGCGCGCGUCCGCGCCUCGGCCACCUGCGGCGAGGAGGCCCCGGCGCGCGGCCCCCCGCGCCCCACCGAGGACCUGUACUGCAAGCUGGUGGGCGGGCCCGCGGCCGGCGGCGACCCCAACCAGACCAUCCAGGGCCAGUACUGCGACAUCUGCACGGCCGCGAGUGGCACCCGGGCCCACCCGGUGAGCAAUGCGGUGGACGGCACGGAGCGCUGGUGGCAGAGCCCCCCGCUGUCCCGCGGCCUGGAGUACAAUGAGGUCAACGUCACCCUGGACCUGGGCCAGGUGUUCCACGUGGCCUACGUGCUCAUCAAGUUCGCCAACUCCCCCCGGCCAGACCUCUGGGUGCUGGAACGCUCCACGGACUUCGGCCACACCUACCAGCCCUGGCAGUUCUUCGCCUCCUCCAGGAGGGACUGCCUCGAGCGCUUCGGGCCGCGCACGAUGGCGCGCAUCGCGAGGGACGACGACGUCAUCUGCAGCACCGAGUACUCGCGCAUCGUGCCCCUGGAGAACGGGGAGAUCGUGGUGUCCCUGGUCAACGGGCGCCCGGGGGCCGCGAACUUCUCCUACUCGCCGCUGCUGCGCGACUUCACCAAGGCCACCAACAUCCGCCUGCGCUUCCUGCGCACCAACACGCUGCUGGGCCACCUCAUGGGCAAGGCGCUGCGGGACCCCACGGUCACCCGCAGGUACUAUUACAGCAUCAAGGACAUCAGCAUCGGCGGCCGCUGCGUCUGCCACGGCCACGCGGAUGUCUGUGACGCCAAGGACCCCGCAGACCCCUUCCGGCUGCAGUGCGCCUGCCAGCACAACACGUGCGGGGGCUCCUGCGACCGGUGCUGCCCCGGCUUCAACCAGCAGCCCUGGCGGCCGGCCACCGCCGACAGUGCCAACGAGUGCCAGCCCUGCAACUGCCACGGCCACGCGCACGACUGCUACUACGACCCCGAGGUGGCCCGCCAGGGCACCAGCCGCAACCGUGACCACGUCUUCAGGGGCGGCGGCGUGUGCAUCGAUUGCCAGCACCACACCACUGGCGUCAACUGUGAGCGCUGCCUGCCCGGCUUCUACCGGGACCCGGACCACCUGCACUCACCCCACGCCUGCCGCCGCUGCAGCUGUGAGUCCAACUUCACAGACGGGACGUGUGAGGACCUGACCGGACGCUGCUACUGCCGCCCCAACUUCACGGGGGAGCGGUGCGACGCGUGUGCCGAGGGCUUCGCCGGCUUCCCCCACUGCCUCCCGGUGUCCUCGGUCUCCCCCGACGACACCGGCGAGCAGGUGCUGCCUGCAGGACAGAUCGUGAGCUGUGACUGCAGUGCCGCGGGGACCCAGGGCAACGCCUGCCGCAAGGACCCGCGGGUGGGGCGCUGCGUGUGCAAACCCAACUUCCAGGGCGCCCACUGCGAGCUCUGCGCCCCUGGCUUCUACGGCCCCGGCUGCCAGCCUUGCCAGUGCUCCAGCCCCGGUGUGGCGGACGGCGCCUGCGACCCCGACUCGGGUCAGUGCACCUGCCGGGCGGGCUUCGAAGGAGCCGCGUGUGACCGCUGCGCGCCCGGCUACUUCCACUUCCCUCUCUGCCAGCUGUGUGGGUGCAGCCCCACCGGGACCCUGCCCGAGGGCUGCGACGAGGCGGGCCGCUGCCACUGCCGGCCCGAGUUCCAAGGCUCCCGCUGCGACCGCUGCCGGCCCGGCCACCACGGCUACCCCGACUGCCACGCCUGCGCCUGUGACCCCCGGGGCGCGCUGGACCAGCUCUGCGGCGCGGGUGGGGUGUGUCGCUGCCGCCCCGGCUUCGCGGGCCCCGCCUGCCAGGAGUGCAGCCCCGACCACCACGGCUUCCCUGACUGUGCCCCCUGCCGCUGCUCCCCCGAGGGCUCCCUGCACACGGCCUGUGACCCCCGCAGCGGCCAGUGCAGCUGCCGGCCGCGUGUGACCGGGCUGCGGUGCGACGCAUGCGUGCCGGGCGCCUACGACUUCCCGACCUGCGAGGCUGGCUCCUGCCACCCCGCUGGCCUGGCUCCCACCGACCCUGCCCUGCCCGAGGCGCAGGCCCCCUGCGUGUGCCGGGCUCACGUGCACGGGCCCAGCUGUGACCGCUGUAAGCCGGGCUUCUGGGGCCUGAGCUCCAGCAACCCUGAGGGCUGCUCACGCUGCAGCUGUGACCCCAGGGGCACGCUGGGUGGAGCUGCCCAUUGCCAGCCGGCCAGCGGCCAGUGCUUCUGCAAGCCCCACGUGUGUGGCCGGACCUGCGCGGCCUGCAAGGACAGUUUUUUCGGGCUGGACCAGGCCGACUACUUUGGCUGCCGCAGCUGCAGGUGUGACGUCGGCGGUGCACUGGGUCAGGGCUGCGAGCCACGGACGGGCGCCUGCCGCUGCCGCCCCAACACCCAGGGCCCCACCUGCAGCGAGCCGGCGCGGGACCACUACCUGCCUGACCUGCACCACCUGCGCCUGGAGCUGGAGGAGACUGCUACACCCCAGGGCCACCCCGUGCGCUUCGGCUUCAACCCCCUGGAGUUUGAGAACUUCAGCUGGCGGGGCUACGCGCAGAUGACCCCCAUCCAGCCCAGGAUCGUGGCCAGGCUGAACAUCACCGCCCCCGACCUGUUCCGGCUGGUCUUCCGCUUCGCCAACCGCGGGCCCACCAGCGUGAGCGGCUGGGUCUCCGUGCGGGAGGACGGCGCGUUUGCCACCUGCACCAACUGCACAGAGCAGAGCCAGCCCAUGACCUUCCCGCCCAGCGCGGACCCUGCUUUCGUCACCGUGCCCCAGAGAGGCUUCGGGGAGCCCUUCGUGCUGAACCCAGGGGCCUGGGUCUUGCUCGUGGAGGCCGAGGGGGUGCUCUUGGACUACGUGGUCCUGCUGCCCAGCGCCUACUACGAGGCUGCCCUGUUGCAGCUGCCCGUGACGGAGGCCUGCACCUACCGGCCCACCGCCCAGCGCCCCGGGGAGAACUGCCUCCUCUAUACCCACCUGCCCCUGGACGGCUUCCCCUCAGCCUCUGGGCUGGAGGCCUCGUGUCGCUGGGACAACAGCCUCCCUCAGCCCUGCUCCACGGAGCGGCUCAGCCCGGAACACCCGCCUCUGGCCGCGUGCCUCGGCAGUGACGUGGAUGUCCAGCUGCAGGUGGUGGUGCCACGGCCAGGCCACUAUGCCCUGGUGGUGGAGUAUGCCAAUGAGGAUGCCCGCCAGGAGGUGGACAUGGCUGUGCAUGUGCCCCAGAAGGCCCCCCAGCAGGGGACACUCAUCCUCCAUCCCUGCCCCUAUAGCACCCUGUGCCGGGGCACUGCCCUGGACGCCCAGCACCACCUGAUGUCCUUCCACCUGGACACAGAGGCCAGUGUCCGGCUCACAGCCGAGCAGGCGCGCUUUUUCCUGCACGGCGUCACCCUGGUCCCCCUGGAGGCCUUCAGCUCCGAGUUCCUGGAACCGCGGGUCCGCUGCAUCAGCAGACAUGGCACCUUCGGCCCCAGCAGUGCCGGCUGCCUGCCCUCCCGCUUCCCGAAGCCGCCCCGGCCCAUCCUGCUCAGGGACUGCCAGGUGCUGCCCCUGCCGCCCGGCCUCCCGCUGACCCACUCCCAGCAACUCACACCCGGCGAAGCCCCCUCUGGGCCCCAGCCCCGGCCCCCCACCGCUGUGGAUCCCGAUGUGGAGCCCACCCUGCUGCGCCACCCCCAGGGCACGGUGGUCUUCACCGCACAGGUGCCCGCCCUGGGCCGCUACGCCGUCCUGCUGCAUGGCUACCAGCCAGCGCACCCCACCUUCACCGUGGAGGUUUUGGUCAACGGGGGCCGCAUCUGGCAGGGCCACGCCAAUGCCAGCUUCUGCCCACAUGGCUACGGCUGUCGUACCCUGGUGGUCUGCGAGGGCCAGACGGUCCUGGACGUGACGGACAGCGAGCUGACUGUGACAGUGCGCGUGCCUGAGGGCCGGUGGCUCUGGCUGGAGUACGUGCUCGUGGUCCCCGAGGACGCCUACAGCCCCAGCUACCUGCGGGAAGUGCCCCUGGACAAGUCCUACGACUUCAUCAGCCAUUGCGCUGCCCACAGCUACCACAUCAGCCCCAGCAGCGCGUCUGCGUUCUGCCGUGAGGCCGCCGCUUCGCUCUCCCUGUUCUACAACAACGGGGCCCGGCCCUGCGGCUGCCACGAAGCCGGUGCCAUGGCACCCACUUGCGAGCCCUUCGGGGGCCAGUGUCCCUGUCGCGCCCACGUCAUUGGCCGAGACUGCUCACGCUGCGCCACUGGCUACUGGGGCUUCCCCAGCUGCAGACCCUGCGACUGUGGCGGCCGCCUGUGCGACGAGACCUCGGGCCUGUGCAUCUGCCCGCCGCGCACCCUGCCCCCUGACUGCCUUGUCUGCCGGCCUCUCACCUUCGGCUGCCACCCCCUGGUCGGCUGUGAGGAGUGCAACUGCUCAGGGCCCGGCGUCCAGGAGCUCACGGACCCUACCUGUGACGUGGACAGCGGCCAGUGCAAGUGCAGACCCCACGUGGCCGGCCGCCGCUGUGACACCUGCGCCCCUGGCUUCCACGGCUUCCCCACCUGCCGGCCCUGUGACUGCCACGAGCCCGGCUCCUUGCCUGGCGUGUGCGACCCCCUGACGGGCCAGUGCCGCUGCAAGGAGAACGUGCAGGGCCUGCGGUGCGACCAGUGCCGCCUCGGAACCUUCUCCCUGGACGCCGCCAACCCCCGAGGCUGUACCCGCUGCUUCUGCUUCGGGGCCACAGAGCGCUGCCGCAGCGCUGACCACACCCGCCGGGAGUUCGUGGACAUGGAGGGCUGGACGCUGCUGAGCGGUGACCGGCAGCGGGUGCCGCACGAGCUGCGGGUGGAGGCGGAGCUGCUGUACGCGGACCUGCGGCGCCUGCCCGAGGCCUCCCCCGAGCUGUACUGGCAGGCCCCGCCCUCCUACCUGGGCGACCGGGUGUCCUCCUACGGCGGGAUGCUCCGCUACGAGUUACACUCCGAGACCCAGCGGGGAGACGUCUUCAUCCCCACGGAGAGCAGGCCCGACGUGGUGCUGCAGGGCAACCAGAUGAGCAUCACCUUCCUGGAGCCCGAGUACCCCACGCCCGGCCGGGCCCACCACGGGCAGCUGCAGCUGGUGGAGGGCAACUUCCGGCACACCGAGAGCCACAGCCCCGUGUCCCGCGAGGAGCUCAUGAUGGUGCUGGCCGGCCUGGAGCAGCUGCACAUCCGGGCCCUCUUCGCGCAGAUCUCCUCGGCCGUCUCCCUGCGCAGGGUGGCGCUCGAGGUGGCCGGCGAGGUGGGCGGGGGGCCUCUGGCCAGCAACGUGGAGCUGUGCAUGUGCCCCGCCAGCUACCGCGGCGCCUCCUGCCAGGAAUGCGCCCCGGGCCAUUACCGGGACAUCAAGGGCCUCUUCCUGGGCCGCUGCGUCCCCUGCCAGUGCCACGGCCACUCAGACCGCUGCCUCCCCGGCUCAGGCAUCUGCGUGGGCUGCCAGCACCACACGGAGGGCGACCGCUGUGAGCGCUGCGGGCCCGGCUUCGUGCGCGCUGGGCCCGAGGACCCCGCAGCCCCCUGCGUCAGCUGUCCCUGCCCCCUCUCGGUGCCGUCCAACAACUUCGCCGUGGGCUGCGUCCUGCGAGGGGGCCGCACGCAGUGUCUCUGCAAACCCGGCUACGCGGGGGCCUCCUGCGAACGGUGUGCGCCCGGCUUCUUCGGGAACCCGAUGGUGCUGGGCAGCUCGUGCCAGCCCUGCGACUGCAGCGGCAACGGCGACCCCAACAUGCUCUUCAGCGACUGCGACCCCCUGACGGGAGCCUGCCGGGGCUGCCUGCGCCACACCACCGGGCCCCGCUGCGAGACCUGCGCCCCCGGCUUCCAUGGCAACGCCCUGCUGCCCGGCAACUGCACCCGGUGCGACUGCUCGCUGUGCGGGUCGGAGGGCUGUGACCCCCACACUGGGCGCUGCCUGUGCAAGGCCGGCGUGAAGGGCCAGCACUGUGACCGCUGUCAGGAAGGACACUUCGGCUUCGAGAGCUGCGGGGGCUGCCGGCCAUGCGCCUGUGGACCAGCCGCUGAGAGCACCGAGUGCCACCCCCAGAGUGGGCAGUGCCGCUGCCGGCCAGGCACAGGGGGGCUCCAGUGCCGCGAGUGUGCUCCCGGCCACUGGGGGCUCCCCGAGCAGGGCUGCCAGCGCUGCCAGUGCCAGGGGGGCCACUGUGACCGGCACACGGGCCGCUGCACGUGCCCCCCCGGGCUCAGCGGGGAGCGCUGUGACGCCUGCAGCCAGCAGCACCAGGUGCCCGUGCCGGGAGCGCCCGGGGGCCACGGCGUCCACUGCGAAGUGUGCGACCACUGCGUGGUGCUGCUGCUGGACGAGCUGCAGCGCGCCGGCGCCCUCCUCCCCGCCAUCCGCGAGCAGCUGCGCGGCGUCAACGCCAGCUCCGUGGCCUGGGCCCGGCUGCAGCGGCUGGAGGCCUCCGUGGCGGACCUGCAGAGCCAGCUCCGCAGCCCCCCCGGGCCCCCCCGCCAUACCCAGCAGCAGCUGGAGGAGCUGGAGCAGCAGAGCGGGAGCCUCGGGCAGGACGCACAGCGGCUGGAUGGCCAGGCCACAGGGGCCAGAGCGCAGGCCGGGCGGCUGCUGGACAGCACCGAGGCCACGCUGGGGCGGGUGCAGACGCUGCUGGCGGGCAUCCAGGCUGUGGACCGCACCCUGGCAGAGCUCGCGUCUCAGACAGACCGGCUGGCCCCGGCCAACGCCUCGGCCCCGUCCGGCGAGCAGCUGCGGCGUGUGCUGGCGGAGGUGGAGCGGCUGCUGGCGGAGAUGCGGGCACGUGACAUGGGGGCCGCGCGGGCGGCCUCUGAGGCCGAGCUGGGCGAGGCCCAGAGAUCCCUGGCCCGCGUGCAGGAGCAGCUGACCAGUCGCUGGGAGGGAAACCAGGCGCUGGCCGCACGCACCCAAGAGCAGCUGGCGCGGCACGAGGCAGGCCUCAUGGACCUGCGGGAGGCCCUAAACCGGGCGGUGGCCACUACCCGGGAGGCCGAGGAGCUCAAUAGCCGCAACCAGGAGCGCCUGGAGGAGGCCCUGCAACGCAGGCAAGAGCUGGCCCGGGACAACGCCACCCUGAGGGCCACGCUGCAGGCCGCCAGCGACACAGUGGCCCAGCUCUCUGAGCUCGUGCUGGGCAUGGACCAGGCCAGGGAGGAGUACGAGCGCCUAGCCGCCAGCCUGGACGGGGCCCGGACGCCACUGCUGGAGAGGAUGCGGGCCUUUUCCCCGGCCAGCGGCAAAGUGGACCUGGUGGAGGCUGCCGAGGCCCACGCAAGGCGGCUGGACCAGCUGGCGCUCAACCUGUCCAGCAUCAUCCGCGGAGUCAACCAGGACCGCUUCAUCCAGCGGGCCAUCGAGGCCGCUGACGCCUACAGCAGCAUCCUGCGGGCCGUGCAGGCUGCUGAGGGCGCCGCACGCCAGGCACUGCAGCAGGCCAGACAGGCCUGGACGACCGUGGUGCAGGGGGGCCUGGCGCCCCAAGCCCAGGAGACGCUGGCCAACAGCAGUGCCCUAGAGGCGGCCGUCCUUGGGGAGCAGCAGAGGCUGGGCCGUGCAUGGGCAGCCCUGCAGGAUGCCGGGACCCAGCUCCGUGAUGCACGUGCCAAGCAGGAGCAGCUGGCGGUCCGAGUCCAGGAGGCGCAGGCCAUGCUGGCCAUGGACACAGACGAGACGAGCAAGAAGAUCGCCCACGCCAAGGCCGUGGCCACUGAAGCCCAGGAAACAGCCGCGCGUGUGCAGGGCCAGCUGCGGGACAUGCAGCAGCAGGUGGACCAGUGGCAGGGCCAGUACGGGGGUCUUCGGAGCCAGGACCUGGGCCAGGUGGUGCUUGACGCUGGCCGCUCAGUGUCCAGCCUGGAAAAGACGCUGCCGCAGCUGCUGGCCAAGCUGAGUGUCCUGGAGCACCGCGGGGCGCACAAUGCCAGCCAGGCACUGUCUGCCAGCAUCAGCCGUGUGCGGGAGCUCAUUGCCCAGGCCCGCGGGGCGGCCAGCAAGGUCAAGGUGCCCAUGAAGUUCAACGGGACCUCAGGGGUGCGGCUGCGUGCCCCGCGGGACCUGGCUGACCUCGCUGCCUACACUGCCCUCAAGUUCUAUCUGCAGAGGCCAAAGCCAGCGCCUGGCCAGGCGGCUGGCGACCAGUUUGUGCUGUACUUGGGGAGCCGCCAGGCAGCCGGGGACUACAUGGGCGUGGCUCUGCGGGACCAGAGGGUGCACUGGGUGUACCGCCUGGGCGGGGCGGGCCCGGCCACCCUCAGCAUCGACGAGGACAUCGGAGAGCAGUUCGCAACUGUCAGCAUGGACAGGACCCUGCAGUUCGGCCACAUGUCCGUCACGGUGGAGAAGCAGACCAUCCACGAGAUCAAGGGUGACACCGUGGCCCCGGGGGAUGAGGGGCUGCUCAGCCUGCGGCCGGAUGACUUCGUCUUCUAUGUGGGGGGCUACCCCAGGAACUUCACGCCCCCCAAGCCCCUCGAUUUGCCGUGCUACCGGGGCUGCAUUGAGAUGGGCACGCUCAAUGAGGAGGUCAUUAGCCUCUACAACUUCGAGGAGACCUUCCAGCUCGACACGGCGGCGGACAAGCCCUGUGCGCGCUCCAAGUCCACCGGUGACCCCUGGCUGACAGACGGGUCGUACCUGGAUGGCUCUGGCUUCGCCCGCAUCAGCGUGGAGAGUCAGAUGAGCAACGCCAGGCGCUUUGAGCAGGAGCUGCGGCUGGUGUCCUCCCGCGGGAUCCUCUUCUUCCUGCAGCACCAGGGCCAGUACCUGUGCCUGGCGGUGCGCGCGGGCCAGCUCCAGCUGCUCUACGACUUCGGCGCGGGCCCGCAGGAGGCCGUCCCCUUGCAGCCGCCGCCGCCCCUGACCGCGGCCAGCAAGGCGAUCCAGGUGUUCCUGCUGCUGGGGGGCAGCCGCAAGCGCGUGCUGGUGCGCGUGGAGCGGGCCACGGUGUUCAGCGUGGAGCAGGACAACUCGCUGGAGCUGGCCGACGCCUACUACCUGGGGGGCGCGCCGCCCGACCAGCUGCCCGCCAGCCUGCGGCGGCUCUUCCCCUCGGGCGGCUCGGUGCGCGGCUGCGUCAAGGGCAUCAAGACGCUGGGCAAAUACGUGGACCUCAAGAGGCUGAACACCACGGGCAUCAGCUUCGGCUGCACCGCCGACCUGCUGGUGGAGCGCGCCGCGACGUUCCACGGCCACGGCCUCCUGCCCCUGCCGCUCCGCGACGCGCCGCCGCUCUCGGCGCACGUGUACUCGGGCUUCGGCUUCCGCAGCGCGCAGGCCAGCGGCCAGCUCUACUCCCGCGCCUCCCCGGACGGGCCCUGUGAGGUGUCCCUGCAGCAGGGCCGGGUGACGCUCAGGCUCCUGAGGACCGAGGUGAAAACUCGAGGGGGCUUUGCUGACGGUGCCCCCCACUACGUGGCCUUCUACAGCAACGCCACAGGGGUCUGGCUCUACGUGGAUGACCAGCUUCAGCAAAUGAAGCCCCACCAGGGGCCGCCGCCCCGGCCCCAGCCCCAGCCGGAGGAGCCCCCUCGACUGCUCCUGGGCGGCUUCGGUGAGUCCGGCACCUCCCGCCACGUCCACAACUUCAGCGGCUGCAUCAGCAACGUUUUUGUGCAGCGGCUCCACGGGCCUCAGCGCGUGUUCGACCUGCAGCAGAGCAUGGGCAGCGGCGUCAACGUGAGCUCUGGCUGCGCCCCCAGCGCUCGGGCCUUGGAGCCGCCCCCUCAAGGACUUCGGGCCGCAGCAGCUCGGAAGGCCUCUCGCCGGAGCCGCCAGCCCACAGACCCGGCCUGCACCUCGCCUGGGCCGCUCAGGGCCAUCCCAGAAGCCUACCAGUUUGGCGGCGCCCCGUCCAGUCACCUGGAGUUCGCAGUCCCCAGGCACUGGGCCCACCUCUCCUUGCUUGUCCGCCCUCGAUCCCCUCGAGGGCUGCUGGUCCCGCCGCCCCCCCAGAAAGCCGGCACCCCCUCCCUAGUUCUCUUCCUGAGCCACAGACACUUCGUGGCUCAGGUGGAAGGCCCUGGGCCCCAGCCUCGCGUCCAGAGCCGCCAGCGCGCGCGGGCCGGCCGGUGGCACACGGUGUCCGUGCGAUGGGGGAAGAAUCAGCUCCAGCUGGCAGUGGACGGGGUCCAAGUCCUGGCCCAGGCCGCGCCCGGCCAGCAGCCCCGAAGAGCAGAGGAAGCCCACCCGCACUCGCUCUUUGUGGGAGGGGCGCCCGCCCGCCGCCCCCCACUCCCGGUGGCCCAUGGCCCGGGGUUCACUGGCUGUGUGAAGAGGCUGAGAUUGGAUGGGCGGCCCCUGGGGGCCCCCAGGCGGAUGGCAGGGGUCACUCCGUGCUUCUCAGCCCCCCUGGAGAAGGGCCUGUUCUUCACAGGCAGCGGGGGUGUCCUCAGUCUAGCCCUCCCUGGGGUCACGCUGCCUGCCGUGGGCCUGGAGCUCGAGGUUCGGCCCCAGAUGGCCACUGGUCUCCUCCUGCACCUGGGCCAGACCCAGGCACCCCCCUACCUGCAGCUGCAGCUGCAGGACAAGCAGGUCCUGCUGCGGGUGGACGACGGCGAAGGCGCGCUCUCCACCUGGGUGACACGCCCCGCGGCGCUGUGCGACGGGCAGUGGCACCGGCUGGCAGUGACCAGAGAAGGACGCGAGCUGCAUCUGGAGGUGGACGUGCAGCGCAACGGCACGCGGGGCCUCCUGCCCGUGGCCUCCACCCCCGCGCGGGCACCUCUGCACCUUGGGGGCCUGCCAGAGCCCACAGAUGACGCGCCGGCCUGGACGCACCUCGGCCUCCCCCCUUCCGCGGCUGCGUGAGGAACUUGGUGGUGAACGGGUCCCCCGUCUCCUGGCCUCACGCCACGAGCAUCCAGGGGGCCGUGGGGACCGGCGGCUGCCCGGCCCAUAGCGCGGCUGCCCCAGCCCGCGUCCCAGCCGCGCGUCCAGCGAGGAAGACGGACCUUGUGUCUGGAGCCGGCUCAGAGUCCGCCUUUUGUGACCAGUUUUCCCCUCCUACGCUUUCGGCGUCACUGAAUUAAAACUAAACUGAAAGCGCGGCCUGUGUCCACCCGAGCGCGGGCUCUGA